ACCGCAUCAGAGCUACGUCGCUCUCUCUUCCUUAAUUCUUUCCCUCUCGCCGAAUAAGCAAGCACUUCCUCCAUGCAGUCGAGCAUCAGAACCAGCAGCAUCGUCUUGGCUUUGUUGACGCGACUCUGCCUUGCAUCCUCUCUACGGGCCGUUCGAUUCUUCACUUGUCAUCGGGCUGCCCGUGCGUUCGGUCGUGUCGUUGUUGGUUCGUCUCUCUCGUCGCGGUUGGUCAAGACUUUCACCCUGCGGUGUGGUGUUGUUCCCCGCCCGCCUUUUAGGGAGGGCUUUUCUAAAUUAAAAUUGGCGUUUUUGCUAAAAGGUGUUUAAAUAACGUCGUCGAUUGAGUGCGAUAAGAAUUGGACGAUUUUGCCGUCUGGUUGCUUCGGCCACGGCCUAGCUAGCUGGUGCGCUCUGCGCCGCGCUUGUGUUGGUGUUCUCCAGCGCCUUUUUCGUCGUGAGGAGCAGUAAGAGAUGUUUUCGUUUCGUGAGUGAUUGAAGAGUUUGGUGCAUUGAGUGGGUUUUGUGAGGUGUUGUGCGGAGAAAAGUGAAAUGUUUUGAUCUCGUUGUGGCGAUAAUCGAUAGUGCGAUCGAUCCAGUUUGGCCGUGGUAAUUUGUGUGUUAAAAUCCGAGUUUGUCUGCUUGUCUGUCUGUCUGUCUAUCUGUCAGGGGGGAGAAUCAAGACAACCAGCAACUGAAUCCAAGUGGCGAAGAGUGGAAGAAAGAGUAAGCAAAAAAUAAAACCUCCUCCUCGUCUGGAGAAGUCGGCUGAAGCCAGCAGCAUCAGCGGGUGACCCCGUUGGAUUCUUCCUCGUUUCUUCUCGAUGGUCAAUCUCGGUAUUAUAUUUCAUAGCCGUUCUGGAAGUGCAGUGUUAUUGGUGUUGUUGUUGUUCCAGUUGAUCCCGGAUGAUUAUUGAGCUGCGGCAAAGAAGGCAGCAUUUAUUUCUGUGUUCAGUGAUUGUGUAAAUCCGGCUUGCAUUUGCAUCGCGAGCGGUUAAACUGCAUAACCGCAAUCAAAACCUUUUUAUACAUACCUCCAGCGAGUUAGUCACAAGUCUGUUUUGAGUGUGGGGCCAGUGCAUUGUCAUUGUCAGUCAGUCAAAUAACAAUCCAAACGGCAACGGACCAGCUCAGAAGAGGCAGAAGGACCCGGUUUACGAAGGCAGACAGAGCAAAAUCUGACAUCAGGUGGCGGAGAGCGAGAGAGAGAGAGAGGAACCCCGGACGGAAAGCACAAGUACGUUUGUUUGCAGAGGAGCAAAAUGUAAACAUUUUCCCAUUACCUUCUAGGGUAGUGUUUCCUAAACUUAUUGGAGAUAGCACCCACUUGAAGCUGAAGAAAAGUGUAUUCGUCGCCUAGGGUAACUACAAACAUCAGAGCAAUGCGCCUUCAAACGAGACUGACAGUAAGUACACAAUUAUAAGAUGCAGUGCUCCCCAUCACUCAUGGACCUCUGACGGCUAACAGCCAGCCAGCACUGUCCAUCACAAGAGAUUAGCUUUUGCGAUAAGCUCUCGUCUGUUUCUCGUGCAAUUAUCCGUCCGCAACGACGAAGAAACGGUCGUUCGCUCCCGCACCCGAAGGGCCACAAUCAGCCGGCCCUCAAAAAUAUUAAACUUCAUAAACGUUUUGCGAUACGCGGCGGGUCGCCGCAAAUUUGCGCACCGUUUCGGGAUGCAAUCGCAUCGCAAUGCCAGCUCUUCGAAGUAGCUCGAACGCGAUUGCUUCGGAGCUUGGUCUUUGUACGUAUCUAACUGCAAAAGAAUGCGUAAAAAGUGGUUGUAUAUAUCCCCGCUCGUACAGGGUCUUAAUUUUGUUUGGAUAAAAAUCUUGCUGGUAGUUGCCUAUAUACAAGCAGAAAAAAUAUCUAGCGUAACAUUUGACAAGGACUUAUCUGCUUUUUGUUUCUGUCUCUGCAUCCACUCAUGCACAUCAACAGAUAGUUUGAAGUUUGUGCAUUCUGAUAAGGUUGGUGACGUUCGCAGGUGGAUGCAGAUAGCAGACCCUACUGAGACAGAAACUUGCUUAUUCACGCAAAUAAGAUAGGCCCUUCUCAAAUGUUACGCUAGAAUUAUGCGUACCUACUACCUUCAUGUUGUGCGCCCCUAGCAAUGCAGAAAGACGACGCACCGGCAUCGGCAUCGGAGGCACCGCGUGACAUCGGCUUUCUCGAACCGGAAGGACAGGCUCCGCCUAGGGGAGGGCCGAUGAUGGUGUUUUGCUGGUUGCGCUGCCAUAUUUUUUUUUUCUGCUCAUUCUUUGUCGAGUGCGUUCCUUUCGUUUACGUUCGGUAGGGUGAUACGAGAAAAUUCAGAAUAAAUAGGGGAUUGGAACCCACUUAGGUCAAGCAAGAUAAUGUUGAAGGUGUGUAAGUUCGAUUCUCUGAAGGAAUUAGUUUCUUUUCGUACAUAAUUGCAGUAUUUAUUAGUUCAGGGCAGGAUAUUCAACGUCGUUGCUAUGCAACUUUCAAAAGUGAAACUUUGUUCUAGGAUCCGCCCUAAACAUGAAAAGGCUUACGGUCAGUUCUGCUAGUACAAAGAGCCUCGUCAUGCCUCUACUCAAGGCACUCUCCAGAUCACCAGGAGUCGCAUAAGGAUACACGCACGACAUCAUAUUAAGCCAUAUCCGUCCAGUGUCCUGUUUAUGGGACAGAUAUCCCGAACGCCCAGCGUCUUAUAAAUAGGACAGUCCUUUUGAUGUGAAUAUCUCCAGAAUUAUGCAAAAUUUCAGAAUAAUUUCUUCGGAAAAGAUGUUCUCCACACCCAUACCUUGCUCAUAGUGGGCAAUAUAGUGUGUGACUGGUUCACUAGGUGGCGUAAACGAUGCUGCAAAGAAUACAUAUUGUCACGAUCUAUGAGUUUCAUUUUCAAUGCGAAAAAAAAAAUGUUACCCUGAAAUCUUGACAAUGAUAAUAAUUUAUAGACCAUUUCUUCGGCAGAGUUGUUAAUCAAUACAUAUAAAAGUCGAUGUAUGAUUGUAUGUUUAUAUAUUUGUAUGUUUAUAUGUUUGUAUGUUUGUCUAUUUGUAUGUUCAUAUGUAUGUACGUAUGUAUAUAUGUAUGCCGGAAUAUAGGCAUAACUGUGGAAUGCGUCAAGAAAUUUCAAUCAAAUUUGGCACACAUUCCUUAGGAUGUGGUGUGGAGGUUGUAAUAGGGGUAUUGGAAUUCAAGAUGGCGGCUUAGGUUCCAAGAUGGGGGUCAAAACUCCAGAAUAUGUGCUUUUUAACGGCAAUGCUGCUUCGUAUACUUUGCAAUAUGGGUAUCUAUCGAUCGGGCUUUAUAAGUAGGACUCAAAAAUGAAUAUCCGAAGCUAUUUUGAAAUCCAAGAUGGCGGAUCAUAUCCAAGAUGGCAGCCAUGGAAUAGUAGUUUCAGCUAUGAUACCAUGUAAUAUGGGUAUCAGGUAUCAGGUUCCAGAGGCACGUUCUCCUCCAUUUGGGAAAUUUGUGCCAUCACCAUGAACACGAGCCUAUUCAUCACUUACCUGAGCGAGAAGGGAUAGAAAAAAAGAUGGGACAGGGAAAAGGACAGGUAAGGGAAUAGAAUCGUCAUACACGCAUAAGCGUACCACAAAGAAUUCAAACAGCGCCCUGAAAAGAGCACUGUGAUAGCGCAUAAAGCGUAAAGAGAGCCUAUAGCUCUUUACCACAGCGGGUCAAGAACAACAGAACGUCUUGAAGAUUCAGGUUUCUGAAGUCAAUUUCCCUCAAUAAGUGGUUACCGAGUACUUGGAAACGCAGUUGCGCAAAACCUGGACAGUUACAUAUCAAAUGAUACGAAGUUCCAUAAUCGGAUUCACAGCUAUCACAUGCAAAUGAAUCAGCUUGCUGAAUAUUCGUCAUGUGAUAGCUGAGUCGGCAGUGGCCAGUCAAUGCUUUGACCAGAAUGCUGCAUAUCUGGUUUGACAGAUUUGUUAGAUACUUCGCCGCCCUUGGAGAUGACUCAGUACAAUACAAUUUGGUUUGACGACAUGACUCCAAACAAUUCCAGUAUUGUCUGUGUUGAGUAACAGCCCAGGUGUCCGAUAUCGGAAUAGCUGGCUCAGGGCCAAUGAAGUCAUGUGAUGCUCCAGCCAAUGUUAUGCUAACUCAUCAGCCAAUUCAUUUCCAGCGAUGGAAGAAUGACCAGGUACUCAUACAAGGUGAACAGCGUUUGCUGAACGCAUCACUAAAAUAACUAAAACGGCCGCAAUGAAAUGAUAGCGCCACCGUAGCCUUGUGUGUUUGACGUAACUCGACUGCUGUCACUGUGUUACCGUCCAUAUACGGUGGCGCUUUUGUUUUGAUGCGGUGAGUAGCGGAAAAAUCGGCUUCAAUGAUCCAUUCAGCUCCUCGAUUUGAGUUCGACAAGCGAUAACUAUCUUCGACCUGGAGUUUCCCGAAGCAAGUGCUUUAAUAGCAGCCUGGGUGAAUAAAACUGAUGCAGCAUUAGCUCACGAGAAUAAACACCAGCACCUGCUCGACCUUCGAGCAGGGAGCCAUCAGUGUAACAUACGAUGCCGUCUGAAAUACUUCUUUCCAGAUAUCCAGAUGUCCACUCUUCCCGGGAAAGGGAAUUUCGUAGAAAAUGUCCUAUAUGGAAUAUACAAGCAUUUGUAAGAUCACUUGGAGCAAGGAUAAUUUUGUUCCAAUUCACCAAAAGUGGAAACAACGAGGUGUGUGUUGAUGUGCGGUUCACAGGAGUUUCCUCUAGUAGACCGAGUACCCGUAGACGGUAAGUGCAAGAAAGUGCUUCUUGCUUGAGAUGAAUGUGUAGUGGAGCAACGUCAAAGAGAAUUUCGAGCGCUGCUGUGGGAGUUGAAGAGAACGCUCCAGACAUCGCCAUUAAGCACAUCCUUUGCAGAUGGCCUAACUUUGACUGGAUCGUUCUCAUUUCGCCCUUUUGCCACCACACAAGACAUCCAUAGGCCAAUAUUGGACGAAAAACAGUUGUGUAAAUCCAUUUGAUAUACUUGGGUUUAAGACCCCAAGUUGUACCAAAAGUACGCCGGCAUUGCCCGAAGGCUACACAAGCUUUCUUGAUUCUGAACUCAAUGUGAGGUGUCCAGGAAAGCUUGGAAUCAAGAAUAACUCCAACGUACUCCAAUGUAGGGUAUUGUACCAUUUGGGCAGGUGUAUCUAUUUUGGGCACUUGCGUUAUAACAGUCAAUUUCAAACCGAUUGAUUUGAAUUUUUGUAUAGCGUUAGGCUCGUAUAGUGUCGAACUCUAUACUGACUCCGUGUGGCUUCUAAAAGGGCAUCGAAAGGCACGUUGUCAAAGGCACCAUCAAUUUCUAAGAAAACACCCAAACAAGAUUGCUUUUGAGCGAAUGCUUUCUCGAUAUCGUAAACAACCUUGUGUAAAAUGGAAAUCCGGAAUAAGUGUCGCGCGUUCGCUUCGUAUUUCGCGAUGGGCUGAUGGGGGCGCGACCGUGAAAUCCGAAAUUAGUGCCGGAAAAUGUUGUGACUUCGUUUUACGUGUAGGUGGCGAAAAAUUACACUCUGUGACAUUCGGUCUCCUUUAUACAUUUACAAAACAAGAUCUGCAAAUUUCGUCACUUCUAGUGUCGGCCCAAGUUUUUAGUAUUCCUAUUUUAUUUUGAUACAAUUUAGCUAUAUUUUUGUACAGUCUGCCACCUUACGGUGUUGGCCGCACUAUUUCGUUGAGUAAUUAUGUUCAAGUACUUUUACUUUAGUUGGGAUUGUCAAGCUGUUAUACUUCCGGAAGAUGCAAUAAUUCGAUUUUCGUUACCAAAGUAUGAAACCCUUUAAACAAUGUUAAUAAUCCCUGAAAGUGACGCGUAUGUGGGGACGAAUUCAAAGGGAACUUUUCGCGAGUGCAUCGUUCAUAGCAAAACAUGGUGAUUGUUGCAAUUUGUUUACCAAGACAAAACCCUCAACGUUUCCUUCCCAUAUCCAAACUCCUAGUGGUUUCUCGUAGUAACGCAGAGAAUUCCUCGGUUAUUGGCCUAAGCGAGAGCUACGUCAUCACUUCCUUCCCUAUCCUCAAUUGACCUGCAUUCGGACGCGGCCGGCGCUGGUAUUGCACAUUGAAAAGUAUUGGGAUCUCAGCGUUUACACAAUGAAGAGGAGGCUAGUCCCAAGCAUAAUCUGUUGGUUCUUUGUGUAAAUGCAGAUGUCCUUGCAAUAACAGAGGAGCAACCGCGGGCGGUCAAUCAUGCUCAUGCUCAUGCUCAUGCAUCGUAAACAACCUUGUGUAAAAGAGUCACAAUAGACUUUCCAGAUUGGUAGGCGUGUUGGUUCACAUGAAGAGGCACGCUAGCCAGAUGAAUAUCACGGAUGUGAUGAUCUACAAUGCGUUCUAAGCAUUUCAGAAGAAAAGAGGUCAAACUGAUAGGUUUGAAACUUGUUGCUUCUUUAUACGACGCACGACCCACUUUCGGAAUAAACUUCACAGAAAUGUCCCGCCAAGAUUUGGGAAUAUACCCUGUAGCAAAACUGCAAACAAGUAGUUGUUUCAAAACAUGUUUGAAAUAAUCAAAUCCCUUCUGAAGCAAAAUAGGAUAAAUCCCAUCUGUCCCAGAAGAUUUGAAAGGAGCAAAGCUAUUAAGUACCCACUCAAUCUAUUCUAUAGUUACAAUACAACGAGCCGAGGCCAGGGAAUCAUAACUUAAAAAAAAAGACUACCUUCAGGUUCAUCCAAAGAUGUAAUGUUCACACAUCCAGGGAAGUGUGUGCUGAUAAACAUUCCAGAGCUUCCUCAUCAGAGGAAGUCAGAUCGCCAUUUGGCAAACGAAGGUCGUUCACUCGCAAAUCCUUAGAUUUCGUAAGGGUUUUGUUUGACCGACUGACUUCACUCAAACUGGAAACUUUUGUGUAAAGGUUUUUCCAGCCGGAUCGUUCAGUAGACCGGAGAGCUUUCCUGUAGGCCUUGCGAGCCGACCUGGAAGUCUCCGAUCCAGCAGAACGUCGUCUGUUCCAACUCUUUCUACAUUGUUUUCUGAGUUUCGCCAGAUCAGAGUUCCACCAAGGGGUUCCUCUUGUGAUCAUCACAGACCGUAGAGGGCAUGCUUCUUGAAAAGCUUCCAUGAUGAAGGUCGUUGUAAUGUCAACGGCAUCAUCUAAAUCACUUGGAGUGUCAAUGGAUGGUGAGUAUCCAUGAAAUUUGGCCGCAACCAAAUCAGUAAAAAGAUCCCAGUUUGUUGACCGGAGAUUCCUGAAACGCGAUGUUUGCGAAGUAACAUUUAAAUGUUCGAAAAAGAUGGACCGAUGGUCAGAUAAAGAUUCUUUAUCUGACACAUGCCAAUUGGUCAGCUCGUGACUAAUUGUACUAGAGCAAAGCGUUAUGUGUAACACUUCCUCUCUAGCAGAUGUCAUGAAGGUUGGGCGGUUGCCUAUGUUAAGUAAUACAAGAUCUGUACUACUUAAGUACCCCAUCAAACUGGAGCCUCUCAAGUUAAUGUCUGCGCUGCCCCAGAUGAUAUGGUGAGCAUUAGCAUCACAGCCAACAAUUAGCGGAAGGCCUUCUGAAGUACAGUAUGCGAUGACGUGUUUGAAAGCAUCCGUAGGGGAUGGUUCAUCAUGCAGUAAAUAAACCGAACAAUAGACGUAUUUCCUGUUGAGAUUUCCAUCAGAUACAUCAAUUGUGAUACAUAGAUACAAACAUCUCUGGUGGUUAGUGCAGAGAUGAAUGUAGCAACUAUUGCGUUGUUGACAAGCACACAGGCUCGAGGCAUUAUACGCGAGAUUGCCAUUUCAUGUUUACUGAAAGUGGCAAACACCGGGUUGAUGAUGAUGAUGAUGAUGAUGAUGGUCCCGCCACAUACCCCUACAAAGGUUUGAGCUAGACGAUAUAUCUUUAAGAUAAUUAUUAAUAAUGAUCAAUGAAAUCAGAUUUGCAAACUAAAUACGGUCUGAUUCUUAUUACAGAUAUAAACAACAUUAUAAUUUGUCAUACUAUACAGCAAAAAUAUAAAUUUCAAAAUACUGCUGCUCUCAACUACAGAUGUUUGCAAGCGUUACUAGUGAUCAUGAAAGAUCAGAAAAUCAAAAAUAUUGCGAGGAUUGAUAACGUUCGCGCGAUGUCAAAACAGUCGGCAAUAUUCUCAUUCUCAAGAAAUUCCCGACAUUCAACUAGACAACUCACUACUAAUCUACAGAAUCCUUCAACAGUACAAAUAUUCCAUAUGAUAAAUAAAUACAAAAAUGUCAUUUAUACCUGUUACCGCGCGCGAGACUCAAACUUUUGUAGACUACACAAAAUAAGUUCAGUUAAUAAUACUACGUCAACAAAUAUAAAAUCCAUCAUCAUCAUCGGGGCGACCAUUAUAGUUUGUUCGUGCCUCCUAUUACAAAAUAUAAAUUGUCCACAAAAAUAUCCGUUGGUAAACUUCGUCAAGAUACAAAAUCUAGUCAAGAAUGAAAAGUCAACAGAGUAGCUGUUCAAAAAGCAGCUUUUACGUGUGAAAUACAUAGUCUCUUAAACUGUGAUAGAGUUGCUGCAUUCGUGAUGUGGUCAGGCAUCGAAUUGAAAACAUUUAUACCUUUAUAGUACAAGGAAUUUUGUGAAGCACCAUGCAAAAAGUGGGGUGUUCGUAUUUGAUCCGCGUUUCUAGUGUUAUAACUAUGAAUGUCACUUCCUCUUUCAAUUCGGUCACACAAAUAUCUAGGCAGCAUACCAUUCUUUAAUUUAAAAAUGAACACCAACGUUAAAUACACAAUUCUUUGCUUCACUGACAACCACUGAAGGGCGUCCAACAAAAAAGUUGAGGAAGUGAAUCUGUUACAUCUUAAAAUCAACCGCAUUAUUUUAUUUUGCAAACGCUGUAGCCUUGAUAUUUGUGUUUCAUUAGCUAAAAACAAAAUGGACGGGCAGAACUCAAUGUGUGGAGAAAUGAUUGAUUUGUACAACUGUAUUUUACUAGCAAUAGUCAAAUCGUUUUUUAAUCGACAUAGAAUACCAUACUUUUUGGCUAUUUUCUCAAGGUUUCCUAGAUAGAAAUUCCCCUUACGGAAGUAAGGUUCUUGGACCAAGGCCACUUAGGCUGUACCAUUUUACAUAAGUCUGCAAAGAUUGAUCGUUGCUGGUCUUUUAUGCUGAAGAUUGAUCUGAGCUAUCCUAACCGUAGCCACUACCCAAACUAGGUAAGAUUAAACUCUUCUCAAUAACAGCACAACAACGAACAACAGCAAUAAAACCAGAUCGGUAUCGAUUGGAAAACGCCAAAGGCGAGGAUACACAGAAUACACUGUGUAAAUUGCAUAAUGUGAAACCAUAUAGGUGAAAAUUUAAACUAAUUAACAACAUAAUAAUCAUAAUCCCGCCCUUAUUUAGCCUCAAGUGAGAAUAAAAAAGGGCAGCUGAUUGUCUCGGAGAAACACAAGGUCCACUGCACCAUUGCUCCGGUUAGCGCAAAAAGGGCAACAUACUGUGGAGGGUGCCCUGGUACUCCACAGGCUCCGUUUGCGGUUAGGUUUUUAUUAGACCCCCCUAGUCAUUCAUUCCUAGGCACGGUAAGCAUAAAGCCGCAGCACACCAUGAAUUAGGGGUCACCACCGGAACAGGCGGUCCGUAGUGUUAUUUUUAGCCAUUUGAGACAAUCGCUACCUACACUACACAGCUAUCUAGGCUGAUCGAGAAAACAAAUUAAUAUUGAUGAUCAACUUCAUACGGGCUCGAACAGCCGUACAAGUGUAGUGUAGCUGGUCUGGCGAUACUGGAGUAGCAUCCACGGGUGGUCACAAGCUCAAGCUCAGCUCAAGCUCAUAAACAAAGACUAAACAGAUGAAAAUGAUAUGCAAACCUGUUAUUGCUCAACAGCACAAUUGUGCUGGUUCGUCACGAAAGGGAUAUGUAGUUGAGCAUACAUGGCUUCGAGACACAACUAUCCGAGAAAAGUGACACCACACGAAAAGAAAAAAAAACUUCACAGCCUCAGCAUUAGAGUACAUCAGUGUUUCUACCACGACGCGAUCUAUUUUGGGACAUUUUAUGAAUGAAAAACUAAACCAUUGACGAUGCUAUUUUCGGCGACGAUCGGCGGCCGUCAAUGGUGGCGGCACCGUGUCUUUAAUUGCGGGCGGCGGCGAAACAACUAUGUGGAUCAGGCCGGGCAUGGACCUACCAACCGACCGACGGUAUGUUCUUCUUCUUAUGUUUAGUUCCUCGCAAAUGCUAGAGCGGCGAAGGUAUAACUACAUAGGUAACAUGAGCUGAGCAAUGUUUAUUGACGGUCUGUUCUGUGUGCCGGGAUGUUUAGUGUGACCGUGUGAGAAAACAUUGAACGUGUCGUAUGAACAUUGACGGUGAUUAUGUUGUCAGAGAAAACACGUUUGUGAAUUAUGAAGUCAAUGGUUGUAUGUAAGAUUUACCAUUGUAGUUCGAACCAACAUGCUAAUUUUACAUUACACAGUUACGGUUACUUCGAACGAUGAAGGCCAAUGUGUUUUGUAAUGGAAUUCGAUAGGUGGGACCAUUUCAUUCUGAACACCUGGAAUAGCUUCCAACGCGGAGAACUUUUGAUCGUCAUCUCCAAGGGUGGCGAAGUAUCUUAUAAAUCUGUCAAAGCGGAAUUGCAGCAUUCUGGUCAAAGCAUUGACUGGCCACUGCCGACUCAGCUAUCACAUGGCGAAUAUUCAGCAAGCUGAUUCAUUUGCAUGUGAUAGCUGUGAAUCCGAUUAUGGAACUUCGUAUCAUUUCAUAUGUAACUGUCCAGUUUUUGCGCAACUGCGUUUCUGAGUAUUCAGUAAACACUUAUUAAGUGAAACUGACUUCAGAGACCUGAAUGUUCAGGAUAUUCUGUUGUUCUUAACCCGCUGUGGUAAAGAGCUAUAGGCUCUCUUUCGAUUUAUGCGUUAUUACAGUGCCCUUCUCAGGGCGCUGUUAGAACCCGUUGUGGUACGCUUAUGCGUUAGUAUCCACUUCCAGGGUACUUUUCCUAUUUCCCUACCUGUCCUUAUCACCAUCCCUAUCCUUAUUUCCUUCCUUUUCCCUCAGGUAGAUGAUGAAAUAGGCUAUUAUUUUGGCGAUGGCACAAAUGUCCCAAAUGAAGGAUAACGUGCCUCUGGAGCCGGCCUUCUGAUACCUGAUACCUGAUCUGUUUAGUCUUUGUUUAUGAGCUUGAGCUUGGGACCGCCCGUGGAUGCUACUCCAGUAUCGCCAGACCAGCUACCAGCGCUUGAAUCUGAGUGAAUAUGAAGGAUACGACCAGUUAUCAGCGCCAGCAACCACUGCGAACGAAUACGAAAAGGGAGCGAAGAAAAACCGAACCAACUGGGACUGCUGUUCCUCAUCGGUUGGUUCUCUUGUGAAGCAAACUGACUGGUGAUCGUUCAUGCUCAGUUGCUGCGGUGAGUGUAAAGAUGGGGAAAUGAUUCAGUGGUUUUAUUUGUUGCUCAAAACUUGUGAAAACAAUCAUUUUGUUGGUAUGGGAAUGUUGUACCUGACUAUUGUAAUCGAUUUAAUUUGAGUUUAUGUCAUUUGCACUAUAAAAUCGGGAUAAAAACUAAGUAUAUUCAUUGCCGUAUGCGCCGGCGAAGAUAAAGAUUCAGAGAGCCACCACGCAUAUGAACCACCGUUUCUCACUCUCAGUAAUAAAUUUGAUUGCUCAUGCUCCCACUUGCUUCUGAAGCAUGUUAGCCAAUAAAGGUAUACAGCUACCGCUCUGGGUUGAAAAAUAUCGGUCAAAGAGUAGCAAAUUUUGCUUCGUUCAGGGGAAAAUGCUUCAUUUUGCAAGCACUGCCAGCUACACUCACACAAAGAGCCAAUGAGAUAUCUGCCAGGGACUAAGCAAGCAUCUUCAGUGUGUGAGUAUUGGUGAUCUUCUAUUUUUUAGGCAACAAUGGCGCCUGACACGCCAGGUUUCAGGUCAAUGUUGGGAAGGGGAAGGAAGUGAUUAUUGCAAUCAUUUGUAUCCACAUCAGACUGAAUAUACCUCUGCGUCUGCACAAAGAAUUAAUCUUAACAUGGAAAGAUCUCACCACGUUCUCUCUCGUCGGUUAGGCAAACCUACGCCUUGGUUUCUUUUCAAUUCUACGUCAAAUAAUAGUGUGCAUCCUAUUUUUUUUAGUUUUCGCUCACUGCUUUACUUCGCACUCUGGAAAUCGCACUCUCAAAGCCGCGCACACUUACUGUUUACUAAUUUGAAAGUGUCAAUCAAAUGGUCUGUCUCAGUGAAACCCAAUUUUGAAGUGCCACAGAGUUUUUUGUGGGGUGUGAAUUGAAGGUCAGUUGAAUAAAUGAAUCGAAGAGAAAACUGAAUGGUGAUGAAGAACAAUUCGGCUAGUCGCUGCUUUGGUGCGAUUGCCUUCGUCAUACGCAAAACGAGUAAGAAUACCAACGCGUUGGAACGUGAUAUUUUGCGUAAUUGAUCAAUUUCCAGUCAUAUAGAGCCUGACUAUAGAUAGUCUACAGUCUACAUUUGCUUCCAUUUGAUGAGCCAUUGGUAAAGGUAAGUUGAAAUGUCCGUAAUUAUUGGUUAUUUUCCGCCUGAUAUGACUGGAAUUAGCGCAUAAAGCGAAAAAGAUUUCACAACUUUAUUCGUUAUUAUUCGAAAUACACUUUUGAGUGUCACUGUGACACAUAUGGCUAUGCAUAUAUCGCGCUGCUCACGAAUUAUGUUACUUUUGCCAAAAACCAAUUAAACUACAUACAUCCAAGGUCGCUAGAACAUUGGUUGGUCGAGUGGAUCUAGCGGGGAGUUCAAAAUGUGAAGAGUGAGCAACACAGCCCGAGUUCAAUUGUUUCAAAAGUUGCUUCCUAAAUAUUGCAGGCGAUAAAAUAUUAAAACACUCCCCCACCCACCCACACAUGUACGUACAUUGAACAUUGGUACACAGUCAGUGUUCAGUGCUUUUUGGUAUGCGGAAUUAAAUUUCCCAUCCAUUCCGUCGUUGUUAUUGUUGCAGCUUGCUUGCGAUUACUUGAGUGGCUGGAGGGCCGUUGAAUCGGGAGUUGGCAGGCUGAUACCAACUCGGUGGAUGAAAAUGUUGAAUUCCAGCUGACUGCCUGGGACAUUAAUGGAAAGCUUUUCAAUUAAGCCUGAAUAGAAUCGUGGAGAGGGUCGAGGGGCAAAUAGGGGAAGGGGCGAGGCAAAAUAUGGAAAAUAUGUGGCUAAAUAUUGUUGAAAUAAUAUAAAUGAAUUAAUAAGCGGCGUAGAGUGAGAGCAGUGUGAGGGAAGAUAAAUAGAUUUCAGCAUUUCAGAAAGACGUAACCACUGUACUAGGAGAACAUUACACAUUGAUUUGAAUGUGGAAACUUGAGAAAAUUUUCUUUAUAUUUUUUUUCAGCAAUUUCUUUGAGAAUUUAUCCAAGUUUUUUUUUGUUUCUGCAGGAUCUCCUUUGAUUUUUUUCCGAGUAUUAUUUCAGUGAUUUUUGUGUAUUAAUCCUUAUAGAAAUUAUAAGAAGUGUAGUAUAAGAAAACCUUCUGAGAAUUUCUCCAGCGGUAUCGCCAGGAAUUUUUCAAAAAAAAUCCUUUAGUAAAUCCUCCAGAGAAUCCUUUCUUGAAAAAUUCCACCAGUGUAUCCACCAAUUCUUUGCAAAUAUUGUUUAUACGUAAAUUUCUUCAGAAAUUCUUUAAAUCCCCGGAAUUACUUCCCGAGAAAAACUUGGAAAACUUCUCAAGAAUUUGGUCUAGCAAUUACGGAGGCUUCUCUAGGACUUUCUCCAUCUAUUCUCCCAUGCCAGGAAUCGUCCAUCAUCCAGGAAUUCCUCCAGAGAUAACUUCAGAAUUUACUUCCGGUGUUUUUUUUUGUUCAAGAACCCAUCCAAAAAAUUUAAAAGAACUUCUUUCAGGAAUCUCCAAUCAGGAUUUCAUUGGACAUUCCUCCAGGGUUUUUGUUCAGAUUCUAUUAAGAAUUCUUCCAGUAAUAUUGUGUGCAAUUUCUGGAAAAAAAAACUUCUGAUAAAAUUCCUGGAGGAAUAACCAAAACGACUCCUACAGGAAUCUUUGAAGUAAUCCCAGGAAAUGUUUCUGGCGGAACCGCAGAGAAAAUUACUAAAAAAAAAGAUCCUUAUAGGAAAUUCUGCUGGAAUCCUUGAAAGAAUUUUUCAAGGAUUUCUUGGAGUAAACUUUAGAGUUUUCAUUCUGAAGGAAUCUCCGUAGGAUUUAUAAAGAAUUUUAUAGACAAAUAUCUAUGUAAACUCCUUGAUAGAAUAGUUUCGAAGGAAUCCCUGACAGAAUUCAAGAAGGAAUCCAAGCAGGAGUUCUGAAAGAAUCCCUGAACUAAUUCCUGAAGAAUUCUUCAAUAGAAUGCCUUCAGAAAUCUAAGGAAGAGGAAUCUUUCUGAAGGAUGAUCAGAAUGAAUAAAUCCCAAGAAAAAUAAGAAAUACCACGAGAAGUUUCUAAAGAGCUUGCUGGAGAAAAACCUGGAGGGACUUCUCAGUCUUAGUCGAACCACCUUUGUGUUCGGACGUGCGGAACAGCGCGCUUGUAAAUACUUUUAAAACAUUACUUACUAUUUAAUUUUUUGACCCCGGGUCCGUUCGCGCGCGAACCUGUGUUAGUAUUUUUUUUCUCUACUUUUCGCCUCACGCGAAUUGUCUUACCCAUCGACGUCGCCGCCGUGUGUGACUUUUUUAUUUUUAUUUACCCACCGCGUGUACGUAUCGAAAUAGCCCAAGUAUGCGGUGUGGUAUAACAACGUGCAACACUACGGACAACCAUUUCCUAUGGAAAUGCGAGUUCUGCGAUAAAGCAUACCACGCUGCCUGUAUCGGUGUACGGCGGAACCAAGAAGAAUUUAACAGGUCUUUCAUGGUGCCAUUAUGUGCUGACUGUCAAGUGCAUCUCAACUCUGGGAUCGAUACGCGGAAAAUACUUUUCAAGCAGAAUCAACUUUUUGAAGCGAUCCAGAACCAAACAGAUGCUUUCCAUCGAAUGGCUGCCGACCUGAAAAGAAUUUCUCUCGGUGAUUUGUUUGAUAACAUCGAGCAAUUACUGCAACAAACACAAGAAGCUUUAACGUCAAAUAAUAGCAGAAAUGAAAACACUCGGAAAGAAAUUAGUCAGCACUUCCAAUCAUGCGGCACACUGUUGAACCGCGCGCUUAAUGAAUUAACAAGCGCCAACUUGACAAUGGCGCAAAAAACGCAAAAAAUGGAAAGCCAAUUGACGGAAGUAAACAACUACAUUGUGCAUUCGGCAACUACUCCACCAAUUGCUACACCGACACUUGCUGACGAACCAAACAAAUUAGACAAAAUUUUGGAUGAAGUGCUUUUUGUCUCUGCUGCUGUGUCUAAUAUAUCUAAUAAAGCGGUAGCUUGUUCGCCUAAAUCAAGCCAGUCUUUAGUAGACGAACUAGCAGAAAAACAGCACCAUCAACAACAACAACAACAACAACAACAACAACAACAACAACAACAACAACAACAACAACAACAACAACAACAACAACAACAACAGUUAGCAGAAUCACCUCUAUGCAAACCUUCAAGCCAAUUACCUACUGACACACCAAAGUGCGAUGCCAUUGCUGAGCUCUUCGCUGAACGCAGAGCAAAAAUGCGUAUUUCACAACCACCAGACAGCGGUUGGCGGUUUGUAGACAGCGGCCGAAAACUGCUUUGGCGCAGACACUGGCCCAAGCUUGAUGCUAAAAGUGCUGAAAAGGUGCCUCGCAAUAAGAGACGUCGUAAGCAGCAUCCACAUACAAGCAACAACAACAACAACAACAACAACAACAACAACCACAUUAACAACAACAACAACAACAACAACAACAACAACAACAACAACAACAACAACAACAACAACAACAACAACAACAACAACAACAACAACAACAACAACAACAACAACAACAACAACAACAACAACAACAACAGCGACAACAACAACAACAACAACAAAAACAACAACAACAACAACAACAACAACCGCAACAUCAACAACUACAACAACAACACCACAACCAACAACAAAAAAACAGACAAGCAGCUGUUGGCUAUUGCCAAAACUAAAUUUUCCGGACCACCCUCUACCACCGACCAUCCUAUUUCCGGUCUCUCGGUUCCAAAACCCAUCACCUUUAAAAGGGGUGAAACCAUCAACCCAUAUCGGACAGAAAAACAAGGACCUACACCAACUAACCAGCAAGAACAACAACAAGCGAUGGACAGUCAAACAACCACGAUGAACAGUCAGCAAUAUCAACUACAGCAACAACAACAAAAUCAACCACAUCACGACAUUCAACUCGACCCAAUGCAUCCACCCAUCGUACGUCUCACAGAGCAAUCCGCCGAGGGUGACGGUCGAUUUCUGAAAGCGAGACUCCGCGAUCCUAACAUUAUGAGGGUUGUUCGGUUAUUCCUCGCUUACAUGAAGGAUCAACCCGAAACCGUUUGUAUUGAUGGGAUGACAAUCACCAGCAUACGAGUUCUUCUUGCGUCUGAAGGCCUGCCUACCGAUCCUGCACAUCUUCUACGAAUUUUUAACGCCGUUCAUCAGGAGUAUGGAGUAAGCCCUGCUGAAGCUGCGUCGGACUUAUCUUCUUACCGCCAAUAUCUCAAAAGCGAACGCACGAACCGACUGCAACAACUGCGGGAAAGUUCGAAUAAAUUCUACUCGCCCCUUCCGGAACGAAAUUUUAUGAAGUAAGGACGCCUUCUUCCUUGGAAGAAAUAGAAGUGGUGCCGGUAACUAUUAAUAUUUCUUUAACCGGUAAUCUUCAAUCUGACUGUAAUUUAAAUAUUUCAAAAACCGACACACUUCCAACUAUUUCUUCGACUGAAAACAAUUCGACCGAAAUUUUGAUUUAUUGUCAGAAUUUCAAUCGAAUGAAAAGUCCAGCCAAAAUAAAAGAAAUCUAUAAAAAUUUAUUAAGCACAUCCUUCUCGGUAGUUUUGGCAACUGAGACAAGCUGGGAUGAAAGUGUUCGAAGCGAAGAAAUUUUUGGAAGUGAUUUCAAUGUAUUCCGAAACGACCGAAAUUUUCAUGAGUCCCAGAGGAAAUCAGGAGGAGGAGUUCUUGUAGCUAUUUCGGCCAAUUUUAAUUCAGAAAUCAUUAACACAUCUAAAUUUAAAGAAUUCGAGCAUGUCUGGGUGAAAUCUCACAUAGCAGGUGAAACACAUAUUUUCGCCUCAGUGUAUUUUCCACCAGAUCAUGCGAAUAAAAAUACAUAUGAAAAGUUCUUUCAAUGUGCUGAACAAAUCAUGUCUCAACUUCCUCCCGAAGUUAAGGUCCACAUAUAUGGGGACUUUAAUCAACGUAAUGCUGAUUUCAUUCUGGACUCUGAAAAUGAAAGUAUUUUACUCCCAGUCGUUGGGGAGAAUGAAACCUUGCAAUUUAUUUUUGACAAAACAGCAAAUUUAGGUCUAAACCAAAUUAAUCACAUAAAAAACCGCCAAAAUUGCUACCUUGACUUUUUAUUAACGAAUAUCUUUGACGACUUCUGUGUUAGCGAAUCAUUGUCUCCGUUAUGGAAAAAUGAAGCUUUCCACACAGCAAUCGAAUAUUCUUUGUUCAUACAUGAGCACAAAAUCCCCAACGACUGCGAAUAUGAGGAAGUGUUUGAAUACAAAUUAGCGAAGUACGAAAACAUUAAAUGUAAAUUAAGUAGUGUAGAUUGGCAAGCUAUUCUUAGGAAUGAAGGAAAUGUCGAAUCUG